UCGCAUCCUGCUGAGUGGACUAUGGUGUCAGGAAGAUGUUGGCUCGGAAGAGUAUCAUCCCUGAGGAGUACGUGCUGGCAAGGAUCGCCGCCGAGAACCUGCGCAAGCCGCGCAUCCGCGACCGGCCGCGCAAAGCCCGCUUCAUCGCCAAGAACGGGGCCUGCAACCUGGCACACAAGAACAUCCGUGAGCAGGGGCGCUUCCUGCAGGACAUCUUCACCACCUUGGUGGACCUGAAGUGGCGUCACACGCUGGUCAUCUUUACCAUGUCCUUCCUGUGCAGCUGGCUGCUCUUUGCCAUGAUGUGGUGGCUGGUGGCUUUCGCCCACGGCGACAUGGACCCAAGCACGGAAAGUGCGACCAACAGCACCAAGUGGACGCCCUGUGUGACGUGCGUCAGGUCUUUCACCUCCGCUUUCCUCUUUUCCAUCGAAGUCCAGGUGACCAUUGGUUUUGGGGGCAGGAUGAUGACAGAGGAAUGUCCCUUGGCUAUCACGGUCUUGAUCCUCCAGAACAUUGUGGGUCUGAUCAUUAACGCUGUCAUGCUGGGCUGCAUCUUCAUGAAAACUGCCCAGGCCCACAGGCGGGCAGAGACCCUGAUUUUCAGCCGGCAGGCAGUCAUCGCGGUGCGCAACGGCAAACUCUGCUUCAUGUUUCGGGUGGGAGACCUGAGGAAGAGCAUGAUCAUCAGCGCCUCAGUGAGAAUCCAGGUUGUGAGGAAGACCACGACCCCUGAAGGAGAAGUCAUCCCCAUUCACCAAGUAGAUAUCCCUGUGGAUAACCCCAUUGAAAGCAACAAUAUUUUCCUUGUGGCUCCCUUAAUCAUUUGUCACGUCAUAGACAAGCGGAGUCCUCUUUACGAUAUCUCUGCUGCUGACCUGGCCCUGCAGGACCUGGAGCUCAUUGUGAUCCUGGAAGGAGUCGUAGAAACAACUGGCAUCACGACGCAGGCGAGAACCUCCUACGUGGCAGAGGAGAUCCUGUGGGGCCACCGCUUUGUGCCCAUUGUCACCGAAGAGGAAGGAGUGUAUGCCGUCGACUACUCCAAGUUUGGCAACACGGUCAAAGUGGCUGCUCCACGUUGCAGCGCUCGAGAGCUGGACGAGAAGCCAUCCAUCCUCAUCCAGACCCUGCAGAAGAGCGAGCUGUCCCACCAGAACUCCCUGAGGAAACGCAACUCCAUGAGGAGAAACAACUCCAUUCGGAGGAGCAACUCCAUGCGGAGAACCAACCCCUCCCUCAUCGUGCCCAAAGUGCAGUUCAUCACACCCGAGGGCAGCCAGAGUGCCUCGGAAACGUGAUACACACCUCUGUGUGAGGCUGGUGGGCUUCAGAAGGAGGAGGCACCCAGGGUGUUUGUCUCAAUUUUCUUUGGCAGAAGAAAAUGAGAACACAGUGCAGAAAGGAACUGUGCAAGAACUAUUUAUUCUACUGCUUACUGAAAGCACCACCUAUUGGCGUUAGGUAACACUUUACCACUUAGUAUAUGAAUUAAUAAAAAAUGGCAUGUACACUAAAGAAAACACAGUUCACUCAUGUAAUAUAAUGUGUAUAUAUACUUGGUUUAAUGGCAUGCUAAUGCUUUUAAUUGUAUUUUUCCUAUCAAGGGUCUCUUUCUUGUCUUUUCCCAGCUGUCACAAAAUGUGUUUUUUUUUUUCCUAUGUAAAUGGGUUCCCCAUCCGCAGGCAGCAAUUAGUGCCUGUUCAGAACUGCUGCACACAACAGCUCUCACAGAUUUCGUGUGGGAUUUUUGACUAUUUAUCUUUUUGUUGUGAAAUCCUUUUUCUUUUGAAAGGUGUGACUCAAUUCCUCAGUGACUUCACUGGAGAAGAGCCAGUAUCUUACCUUCAGUUUUCCAGACCUUUUGUUUCCCCUGGUUUCUGGCAAAGGCGUUUUGAGAGCA